AUGGCGUCGGUGCAGGCUCCGCCAGCGGUGCAGCAUCCUGGCGCGCCCAUGGCUGCCGGCGCGACCAAGCAGCAGGCUGAAGAGGUUUUCAGGAAAUUGAAGCAGAUGAAGGAACAGGGUGUCCCUCCCACCGACCCCGAGUACAUGAAGGCUUCCCAUUUCUUGCUGAGCUUCCAACAGCAGCAUUCCAUGCGCCGGAACCAGCAGCAGUUUAUGCAGCAGCAACAGCAGCAGCAGCAACAGCGCCAACAGCAGCAACAGCAACAGCAGAUGCCAAACGGGCCAAACGGCACGGUUAAUGGUAUGCAGCCUGCGCGGCCUCAACAAGGAACGCCGCAGUCUCAACAACAAAUUGCUACACCUCAGGGCACGACGGCGGCGCCGAGCCAGAACUCUUCAGUCACCGCCGGGCCCUCCCCCGCGCCGGGCCAGUCUAGCCAAUUCAGCCAGCAGCAGCUCGCUCUGCUGAGGCAGCAGAUCCAUGCGUUCAAGCUGCUCACCAAGAACGCGGGAGUUUCUGCCCAGCUGCAACAAGCCAUCUUCAACCAGCGGCAACGAAGACAGGCUGCGUCAACCGAGUCGGCCCAGACGACACCGGUCAAGACGACGCAGCCCGGCCAAGAACCCUCAAAACCACCCACCGCGGGUCCAGAGGCGACGUCGCAAGACGAGUCCUCAUCGCUCCCCAAACCCCACACGUACAAGACGGUCAAGUCGCCGUACGGUACGAGCAUGAUUCGGCCGACCAUCAAAUACAUGGACCACGCCGAGCGAAAGAACCGGUGGUUUAUCCCUGGCGUGUUUCCGACCGGAGUUGACUUUGAUCAUCUUCGUUACGAGCGAGAAGUCGUCGUGUUCAACCGCAUGAGCCAACGCUACGCUGAGCUUAAAAACUUGCCUGCCAACCUGGCACAUUGGGACUCGACAAAGGAGACGCUUGAGGCGGACGAGUCGCUCAAGCUGAAGGCCAUCAUCGAGAUGAAGGGCCUGGGACUGUACGCCAAGCAACGCGCCCUGCGUGACAAGAUUGGCCGCCAGAUGAUGCACUAUGACAAUCUCGCCAUGACCACCAACCGCUCCUUGUACCGCCGCAUGAAGAAGCAAAACGUCCGCGAGGCUCGCAUCACAGAGAAACUGGAGAAGCAGCAGCGUGAUGCCCGCGAGAAUCGCGAGAAGAAGAAGCAUGUCGAUUUCCUCCGCGCCAUCUGCCAUCACCGUUCCGAGAUCCACGAGGCCGCCAACACCCAGCGCACCAAGUCCCACAAGCUCAGCCGCCUCAUGUACGCCCAACACUUCAACAUCGAGAAGGAGGAGCAAAAGCGUAUCGAGAGAACCGCCAAGCAGCGUCUUCAGGCCCUCAAGGCCAACGACGAAGAGGCGUAUCUCAAGCUUCUCGACCAGGCCAAGGAUACCCGUAUCACCCACCUUCUCCGCCAGACCGACGGUUUCCUGCACCAGCUUGCGUCUUCUGUUAAGGCUCAGCAACGGCAAGCUGCUGAGGCGUACGGCGAUGACACGGAGAACUUUGUGGAGGAGGAGAGCGACAACGAAGACGAAGAGAGCAGCAAAAAGAUUGACUACUACGCGGUUGCUCAUCGCAUCCGUGAAGACGUCACAGAGCAGGCCAACAUUCUUGUUGGUGGCACCCUCAAGGAGUACCAGCUCAAGGGCCUCCAGUGGAUGCUGUCGCUUUACAACAAUAACCUCAAUGGUAUUCUGGCCGAUGAAAUGGGUCUCGGCAAGACUAUCCAGACCAUCAGCUUGAUUACAUACCUCAUUGAGCGGAAGCAGCAGAGUGGCCCGUACCUUGUCAUCGUGCCUCUCAGCACGCUGACGAACUGGAACCUCGAGUUUGAGAAGUGGGCGCCGUCGGUCUCCAGGAUCGUGUACAAGGGCCCGCCGAAUGCUCGAAAGCAACAGCAGGAAAAGAUUCGCCAGGGUCGAUUCCAAGUGCUGCUAACGACAUACGAGUACAUUAUCAAGGACCGCCCGAUCCUCAGCAAGAUCAAGUGGUUCCACAUGAUAAUCGACGAGGGUCACCGCAUGAAAAACACCAACUCCAAGCUCAGUGCCACCAUCCAACAGUACUAUUCGACACGCUUCCGCCUCAUUCUCACGGGUACCCCGCUGCAAAACAACCUCGCCGAACUGUGGGCUAUGCUCAACUUCGUAUUGCCCAACAUCUUCAAGUCUGUCAAGACGUUCGACGAGUGGUUUAACACUCCUUUCGCCAAUACGGGUGGCCAGGACAAGAUGGAGCUCACCGAAGAAGAGCAGAUUCUCGUCAUUCGACGUCUGCACAAGGUGCUGCGACCGUUCCUCUUGCGUCGUCUCAAGAAGGAUGUGGAAAAGGAUCUGCCAGACAAGACGGAGAAGGUCAUCAAGUGCAAGUUCUCUGCCUUGCAGUCGAAGCUGUAUAAGCAAAUGGUCACGCACAACAAGCUCGUUGUGAGCGACGGCAAGGGAGGCAAGACGAAUGCUCGUGGUCUGAGCAACAUGAUUAUGCAGUUGCGAAAGCUCUGCAAUCACCCCUUUGUCUUCGACGAGGUGGAAAACGUCAUGAACCCCAUGAGCAUAAGCAAUGACUUGCUUUGGAGGACGGCUGGCAAGUUCGAGCUGCUGGAUCGCAUCCUGCCCAAAUACCAUGCGACCGGACACAGGGUGCUCAUGUUCUUCCAAAUGACCGCCAUCAUGGACAUCAUGGAGGACUACCUGCGCUACAGGAAGAUGGAGUACCUUCGUCUGGAUGGUACGACCAAGUCAGACGAGCGAUCCGACCUCCUGCGAGAGUUCAACGCCCCCGAUUCCAAGUACUUUAUGUUCUUGCUGUCGACGCGCGCUGGUGGUCUCGGUCUCAACUUGCAGACAGCCGACACAGUCAUCAUUUAUGACUCCGAUUGGAACCCCCACCAAGACUUGCAGGCGCAGGAUCGUGCCCACCGUAUUGGACAGAAGAACGAGGUGCGAAUCCUUCGUUUGAUCAGCUCCAAUUCGGUUGAAGAAAAGAUCCUUGAACGCGCAAGGUUCAAGCUGGACAUGGAUGGCAAGGUCAUCCAGGCCGGUCGAUUUGAUAAUAAGUCUUCCGAAACCGAUCGAGACGCCAUGCUCCGGACACUCCUGGAGACGGCGGACAUGGCCGAGUCCGGCGAACAGGACGAGAUGGAAGACGACGAGCUCAACAUGAUGCUUGCUCGCAGCGAUGACGAGCUGGGCGUUUUCCAGAAGAUUGACGAGGAGCGGGCGAAGGAUCCCGUCUACGGUGCCGUCGCCGGGGCCAAGGCCAAGCCUCGCCUCAUGGGCGAGGAAGAGCUCCCCGACAUCUACCUCCACGAAGGCAACCCCAUCGAGGAGGAGAGCGAGGAAGUCAUUCUCGGGCGUGGCGCUCGCGAACGCACCAGAGUGCGAUACGACGACGGCCUGACGGAAGAGCAGUGGCUGAUGGCGGUCGAUGACGACGAGGACUCCCCCGAGGCGGCUGCCGCGCGAAAACAGGCUCGCAAGGACAAGCGCGAGGCCAACCGGAUGAAGAAGAUCGCCGUAACGAACGCAGCAGACAAAUCACCCUCAGCGAGCCGCGCCAGCACGGAAGAGAUUGAGACUCCCAAGAAGCGCGGGCGCAAGCCGGGCAGCAAGAAUGAGAAGCGCAAGGCGGAGGAUGGCGAGGAAGAACCACCAGCCAAGAAGCGCCGUGGCCCUCAGGGGCGGCCCAGCAAGGUUGGCCUGAACAACGCCGACUCGAAGCUGAGCCCGCAGCAGCGCGACAUCCUGCAAAAGAGCCUUCGGAGCCUGUACGACGCGCUGAUGGCACUUGAGGUGGACGACAUCGAGCCCCCCGCGGAAGACGACGAGUCGGACGCCGGGAAGCGGCUGGUCAUCGGCCCGUUCAUCAAGCUGCCGCCCAAGCGCGACUAUGCCGACUACUAUGUCAUCAUUCAGAACCCCAUCUGCAUGAACAACAUAAACACUCGCAUCAAGAAGGAGGAGUACUCGAGCCUAGGGGACAUGCGCAAGGACUUUGACCUCAUGAUCAAGAACUGCCAAACGUACAACGAGGACGGAAGCAUCCUCUACCAGGAUGCCAAGACUAUGGAUGAGUUCUUCACCGCCAAGUAUCGCGAAGAGCUGGAGGCGCACCCCGAGCUGCAGGAGCUCGAGAACGGAGGUAAGGCGGGGUCUGCCGCGCCGUCCGGGAAUGGAGGCACGCCGCAGCCCAGUGGGACGCGGAUCAAGAUCAUCUCGAGCAGUGCUCGUGAGGCGGCGGCAGCGGCGGCAGCCAACGGCUCCAAGACGAACGGCCAAAGCGACGAGGAAUGA